CUCGUCCCCGCGAGCGUCAGUAUAGUGGAGAGUGACGAAGUGAAUAGUAGUGCUCAGUCCCGCGCGGGAUACCUUCAUCACCAUGGGGAGGAAAAGUCCAAGCAAGGAUCAGCAUCCUAUGUCCCAUAACUACAAGAUCGUUGUAGUUGGAGGAGGAGGUGUAGGAAAAUCAGCCAUCACCAUCCAGUUCAUACAAAGUUACUUCGCCACAGACUACGACCCAACCAUUGAGGAUUCGUAUACCAAGCAGUGUGUGAUCGACGACGUGGUGGCCAAGCUGGACAUUCUGGACACGGCAGGCCAAGAGGAGUUCAGUGCCAUGAGGGAGCAGUACAUGCGCUCAGGGGAAGGUUUUCUCCUGGUGUUCUCUGUCUCUGAUCGCAACAGUUUUGAUGAGCUACCUCGCUUCCACAAACAGAUCCUACGAGUGAAGGAUCGAGAUGAAUUCCCCAUGCUGAUGGUAGCCAAUAAAGCUGAUCUGGAGCACCAGAGAGUGACAAGCCUUGAGGAAGCUCACGCCCUUGCCCGACAACUCAAGAUCCCUUACAUUGAGUGCUCUGCCAAAAGCCGCACCAAUGUUGACCAAUCCUUCUAUGAGCUGGUGAGAAUAAUCCGAAAGUUCCAGGCAGCCGAGCGACCUCCAUCAAAGCCAGCUGCCAAAAAGGACAAAAAGAAUUGUGUAAUUGUCUGAGGACUGGUGACAACUACAUAUAUAAAUGUGUAAAGACAAAUAACGAGAAAUGGAAAAGUUCAGAAGAAAUGUCAGAAUACUACAUGCAUUUCUGAACUACAGUUUUCAUCAACUUUGUGGUGGAACAUUUGCAUCUAAAUAUUGUGACUUGUACCAUGUGCUAUUGUGAAAAUAUUAAAUGUAGAGAAUACUUUUUUUACAGGAAAAUGUGAUCAGGAGCAAACACAAUUCCUAUUUUAGAGUGAUUUUUGGUGAAAUGCAUUUAAUUCUAAAUCAUGGAUUAGUGCAAAAAUCAAAUUUUAUCACAAGAUUUCAGACAACACUAAAGUAAGGUAUUCCAUAAAUAUGAUGAAAGCUAAUGUAGAAAUUGGGAAGAACAUGAUAUCAGUGUUAGAUAAAAAAUCCAUUUGAUAUAAUAUAUUUCCAUAGCAGCUAUUUCAUAGCUAUUUAUGUUGGAUCAUCACUUCAAGUGUUGUAGCAGAGGCUUGUGUUGGGAUGCCAGUCCAGUACAUGAACUGAUGCAUAGCCACCUUUUGCAUGUCCAGUGAAGUGUGGGAAGAAAAUCUUAAAUACUUCCAUCUUAUAUUGGUGUUCUGGGUAGAUCUGAUGUGUCAAUAAGAGUACUUAGUGUAUGACUAUAUUGGGUAUGUUAAGUCACAAGUAUAAUACUAAUUAAAGAAUAGUUAACUAGAAUAUGGUGAAGUCAACCUUCAGUGUACAUCCCAUACUGAGAAACUGCAAGGCCAUGGUGAUGAUGUGAUACUGAAAUCAGUGAAGGUAUAGAUUUAGGGAAUAACUAGUAUUAUGCAAGUAUUUGUUCAACUUCAGUACACUGUACUUGUUCCACUCUUUUAUAUACUUAAUCUUAUAUUUGCUGGAAUACCUGAAUAAAGUGAAUAUACAUUAUGCAUAGUCAGUUUUGAGUGUUGAAUAUAAAACAAUUAAAUAAAUGUAUUAUCUGUUUAAAAAAAUGAUAGACAAUUAUUUAAUGAGUAACAAGUUUGAUAUACAGUAUAUAUAACAGGAAAACUUUUUGUUUCUUUGACAGAUAUAUAUACAUACAUAUAUAUCUCCAUCUAUGCAUGUAAUGUGCCUUGAAUAGAGUUCUGAUUAAUGAAAAUUUACUCAAUAAAUAAAAAAAAUCUUGUUAAUGAAUUACAUGCCAAGUGACUGAAAAAUGCUGCUGUUUCGAUAUCUAACAUUUGAGAUUUUGUUUCACUUAGAAAAUUAAAUAAAAUAUUUGGUGGUAUUUUCUACAGUGCAUAAUCAGCAGUAGAAAAUUUUAACCAAACUGUACUAGUACUACACAAGUGCAGUCACAAGUAGAAACUUGUUUCCUAAAGAACUGUGCUGUUGUGGACAAAAGCUUUGCAAUGCUUCUCUCUCUCUCUCUCUCUCUCUCUCUCUCUCUCUCUCUCUCUCUCUCUCUCUCUCUCUCUCUCUCUCUCUCUCUCUCUCUCUCUCUCUCUCUCUCUCUCUCUCUUGCUCCCAAGUCUAUUUCCAUCCAAAUAUAUUUUAAUUACAACACUUAAGCAUUUUAACUCAGAGAAAAAAGCAAGAGCUAUGGAGUCACACACAGUAAUGAAACAUGACUUUUGUAGAUAGCUAAGGGAAAUGGUAUUUGCUUACUGCUACCACUAGUUUGUGGUAGAACAUCAUCACUGUUCAGUGUAAUGGUACUCUCCAAAACUUUUAGUCUGGCUCACUAGUUGUCUACUCAUCCCACCAGAUUCCUGAAGAACAUCAUCUACUACUGUGUUGUAGAAGAUUCAAAGCAGUUAACUCUACCUAUAUAUAUUUUUUUAGUAAUGACAUAUUAUGAAGCUUUAAUAAAUUCAGAUAUGCAAAGUACAAAGAAACUUGUUCAUCUUUCAACCAAUGUUUGCUCAGGUAAGUAUUUUGGACUGGGAGAUUUUCAUUAAGUGUUCCAAACCAUUUGUCCACAAUUUAAAAUUUGUUGUGCAGAAGAUUAUUAUAAAGAAAUCCACCAAACUUGCUUGUAUUCAUUGAACAUGCCACACUGAGCAAUCCAAAGCAUUUUCCUGUCCACACUUUAGUACAAUAAUUAAUUACAUGUUUAAAGCAACUACCAUAACAGUUUUCAGGCUUACUUUAGUUUCUUUUGGUUUACAUAAACAGUAGAGAACCACACACCUGCAUUCCUCAUCCCUUGUGUUCAUCUGCUGCUUGCUGAGUAUUGAUACUCUGUUAGCAAGGACUGUUUCUAGAUGUAUUUUCAACUUUGUGCGUCUUUCAGAGUGUAUUUCCUCUUGUCCUGACAUUAUUCACUAUUAUUUGUUACUGCAAAUUAUCUGCUCCAUUAUAUGUAAACAUAUGAUUUAGGUCUGUACUGCCAUAUGACCACAGCUUAAUGAAAAUAACCAUUAAAAUCCCAAAAGGGUAUAUGUACGUACAUAUAUAUUUUUUUACUUCACAUGUAAACCUCAUGUGUUCAUUUUACUUUAGGUACAAGUUUUCUAAUUUUCAGUAACGCUGUUCUGUGUGAACUUAGGUUGAUGAUUAUUUCUUUUGGCUAUGAAUAAAAUUACUUUUUAAC